AUGUCAAAAGCCAUUUCAUUUGUUCGAGGUUUUCGUAUACCGAAACCAGAAGAUAUUGAAGAUGCACUGGGUGCAGAUGCUUCGUUUUCCAAUGAAUUCAAAUCGACAUUUGGUUCUCUGACAAGUCCCACGCACGAAUCAGACUGGUUAGCAAAUUACAAAGAAACUGGACAAACAUAUGCAGAUUUCCUCGAAGAUUGCCCCUUUCUUGAGGAUGGACAUCCUCUACAAAAAUAUAUCUAUCUGACAUUGUUGGAUGAUGAUGAUCGUUUGUCGAUAUUGGAUAUAAACCGUUUAAUUGAUUAUACUCAACGAUUCUUUCAAAUGGAAGUUAAACUUAUUCCUUUGUUUACGAAUAUCAACUGGAAUCAGUCAAAACGAUCAUGGACAUGUACAACCAAAGGUAGAAAUGAUAUGGCAAGGGAAACAAAACUUCGUACGCGAUACGAUGCAGUUAGUGAACACUCGCAGAUCUAUGUCGAGAGUAUUCUGACGCUUUUGAAACGUUCCGUUCCAACGGAUGCACGUUGUCUUGUCGCGAUAACAAUGCAUGAUUUUUAUUCCGAUGAGUCCGAUUUGUUCAUUGCUGGUUUAGCACAAGGGAAUGCUCGUGUUGCUGCAUUUUCGUUCUUUCGUUAUGAUCCUCGUUUAAAAUUCGGUUCGGAGUUCUGGUAUGACUGGAAAGUCAAGACGAUGAAGCCGUCUUCAAUAUCACAGAUUAUACUCCUACGGUCAUGUCGUCUGUUGACACAUGAGAUAGGACAUCUGCUUGGUAUUGAUCAUUGUAUAUAUUACAAUUGUUUAAUGAAUGGCAGUGGUCAUUUGGAAGAAGAUUUCUCACAGCCAUUGUUUUUGUGUCCUGUUGAUCUGAGGAAAUUGAUGAAACUAUCGAACUCGGAUUGUAUUCAGCGAUACGAACAGCUGCUAGAGUUUUGCACAGCGAAUCAAUUCGAACUGGAAAUUGAGACAUUGAGAAAACGUUUAGAAAUAUUAAAGAAAGAUCAAUCAAAGAAGAAGAAGAACAUGAGUUCAACUGAGAACGAACCACCACGGAAAGUAAAACGCAUGAAGAAAGCAUCUGUUUAA